AUGAUAAAAUCUGCACAGAAGAAGAGGAAAUCGGAUGUUUUCCUCGAAGCGAACUCUACACAACCGCUAAAAAAAGAACGUCCAUGGUACGACGCGGAGGUUUCUGGUGCGAAGGAAGCCCCUGAGAAGAGUAGGCGAAAGAGCAUUGUUGGAUUAGGCAAAGGAUUACUCAAGAAGAUGAGGAGCUCUUCGGCACUAAAGGAUCGCAAUAACAAAGACAGCGCAAUGUGUCCUAUGUCGUCUAGCACGAGUACUUUGCCUGUGUUUAAACAUCCUUGCCUUAAUAUCAAGCUGGACCCAAUGCCAGAAGAUCAGAUUUCAUAUAAGAGUGAUUCAAGUGCAUUAUCUUCGGACACCAGCUUACCUCCCUCUUUCCAUCGUAACAAGGAACUUGUUCGUUUGGUGGGAGAGAUACCUAAGGACGGGCAAGGUUGGGGAGAAAAUGUUUCAGUGAGUCUUUUUCUCAUUUUACUUGGAUUUGGUCUGCUGUAA